AUGGCGGCCCCGCUGAAGAGACAUGGUAUCUUGGCGGCUUGUAUUCUACUACUUGCAUGCACAGCAUGGAUAUACUCACGGUUUAACAGCAGCGCUGCUUUUGAGCGGCCAAUACAUUUCUCGAUCCUGACGCUCUUCGAAUCCGGCUUGCUCAUCGCAAUAUGGUGUAGACAGCUCUCGCCGUGGAGAAGUUCGAGCAGCAGAUAUCAACUCGCCAGCUUCUCUUCCUCGAAAAAUGGCUGGCAAAGGCGACUCCAAGCCGGCAUCGACGUCGCGCGCAAUCCUCGGUUUUUGUUGUCACCUUACUUCUUCCUAGGAUGCGCUAUUAUCUUGCGGUCAUUGCUCUUUUGGCGCACAAUCCGCACGAUUCACUGCUCAUGGGAGAGCUUCGAGGUAUUUCUCCCAGCUCUUGUCGUCCUUUACACGACAGUAUCUCCCUCUACCAUACGACUCCAACAACACACUGGCGACCAAGCCCGAUCCCGACGCUGCUGUAACAUUGCCCACUUGCGCUACUUCACUAUUGCUAUCGUUUGGGCCUGCGCCACAAGGGCCACGCUCGCACUGUCAACACAGUCAGCCGGCGCAAUCUGCCCUGCAGGCUUCCUUCGUUGGGAAAGACAGAUUCCCAUAGCCCAGGUCGUCACUGUCAUUUUGGAUGCGCUGCUGUUGUUUUACCUCUCGAAAUGGCGGCAGGACACUGUGGACGAUACGCCGCAAGCCUGGGGAUUCGUGUCAAGACUCUUUCUAGGUUCCGCAGGCGUACUGGCCUUGCUUGCCUGCUUCUCCAUCCACAAUGCUCGAAAUACCCGGUGGGCGUUUGAACUGCAGUUUGUCGAAAUCAGAGAUCUACUGACGGACAGCACGGUGGCGUCGCUGGGGCUGAUUUUGGGAUUUUAUGUCAUGAGUGACAUGCAUCCUAGCACGUUGGGGAUGGUUGUCACGGCUUCAGGUGUUUAUGCCCAUCAGCUUGUCCGCAUGCUGCAGGCUGCGCUGCCAAUGGACGGUUCUCUGCCCUACAUGAUAGCCAGCGCUCUUACGAUAGUAUGUGUCGGCCUCCUUUUGCGAUACGAAAAGGAUAUCGCCACCGCCUCUGGGUCCUCGCCGGGGGAUCCACGACUCAUCAGGUUUCUCUUGAUGUGGUACGUCGUUCUUGUCGGCGUCCUCUUUGGAACCUACCUCAUCUUCUACCCGGACUUCAACUCUACCGAUACCCUAUCCUUCCCCGACCUCCUUUCUACGGCAAACACCAAGUCCGACACCUGGAUCGGGAGAGCGAAUCAGAGCUCUACCCUCGAGGGCGCAGCGAAAGAAUAUCAACAGCGGUAUGGUUUGGCCCCGCCUCCUAACUUCGAUAAGUGGUACGAGUACGCUGUUGCCAACGGCUCGCCCAUUAUCGACGAUUUCACACAGAUCAACGACGAUUUACUUCCGUUUUGGGGCGUUGCGCCGAAUGUUCUACGCGAUCAUACGAAGCAUUCCUCGGAGAUUCCGUGGCUCGGUAUGGGAGGCAUUCGGAUUCGUGGGGGAAAGGUCAACGUGGCUCCCGGCACGCCUGGGUCUCACAUGUGGAUGAUGACCUCUAUGAAGAACAUGAUUGAGGACUUUGCCGAGCAUCUCCCCGACAUGGACUUUGCCAUCAAUCUUAACGACGAACCUCGCGUGGCGAUCCCGUUCGAAGACAUGUCGAGGCUUCACAGCGUUGGCCUGGAGUCGAGGACAAAACUACUCCAUACGAAAGACCGAAAGACGUUUGACAGAUCCAAAUCGGCAGUUUGGGGCGACGACGAUGCUGUGAAGGGGCCUGAGGCGCGGUCCCCAUUUUUUGAAGACCGCAUCCGAGAUCAAAACUACUACGAGUUUGUUGCUCCAACCUGCCCGCCUGACUCCGCCGCCCGGAAUACGAGAUGGUGGAGCACCAAGGAGGCGUGCCGUGGAUGCCUCCUGCCGCAUGCUAUCCGCGUCUUUGAGGCGCUUGAGAACCCCGUUGUGUCGAAUUGGACCUCGGCAACAGACCUCUGCCAUCAACCGGAUUUGGCCUACCUUCACGGAUUUUUACUGUCUCCUGCGCCAGCCCUGUUCACCAAAGAGGCAUUUCCCGUGUUCAGUCAAAGCAGGACGUCAGGAUUCUCUGAUAUCCUGGUGCCUUCCCCUUGGAACUACGACGACAAGGCUGCAUAUGAUGAAAACGAGGAUAUGGAAUGGAGCAAGAAGAGGAACACCAUGUUCUGGAGGGGCUCAUCUUCGGAUGGGUACGCAGCCCGGGGCUCGUGGCAGGGCUUCCUCAGGGCUCGUUUCGUCCAGGCUGCAAAUACGAUCACCCGGGUUGCCAAACUUCAACAGGAUGGUCAGACCAAAGUCUUGGGACCAGAAGAUGCGCCAAAUUUUGACGUUGGAUUCGUGAGCAGAUGGACCAAGUGCCACCGAGAGGACUGCCAGAGCGAAAAGGAUACCUUCUGGGGCAUGGGCCAGGAUUCGCCCGACAAGUCCCAGGUCCCUUUCACUGACCAUUGGAAGUACGCACACCUGAUGGACCUCGACGGCGCGGGAUUUAGCGGACGCUUCAUUCCCUUCCUCCGCAGCAAGAGUCUUGUUUACCGCUCCGGCCUCUUCAGGACUUGGUUCAACGAGAGAGUCCACGCGUGGCGUCACUACGUCCCCGUCGAUGUGCGACUUCACGAGCUUUGGGAUCUCCUAUCGUACUUUGGGAUUGACACAGAAGGCAAGAGGCGAGCAGAGGCUAUUGCGGAAGAAGGCAGAGCUUGGAGCCGCAAGGCGCUCCGGAGAGAGGACAUGCGCGUUUAUAUGUUCCGGCUACUGCUGGAAUGGGGACGAUUGGUGGAUGAUGAGAGGGAUCAACUUGGUUUUGCGGUUUGA